CGGCCCCUGUCCCCGCAGCUCCUGGUGGACCCGGGCGGCCCCGGCGGGCGGGCGGUGGCCUACGAGAGCGUGGUGGCCCAGGACGGCAGCCCGGUCCUGCGCGACCUGGUGCUCAGCCCCGACCGCCGCUUCCUCUACGCCAUCACCGAGCGGCAGGUGACACGCGUGCCCGUGGAGAGCUGCGUGCAGUACCCGUCCUGCGAGCUGUGCCUGGGGUCCCGCGACCCGCACUGCGGCUGGUGUGUGCUGCACAGCACGUGUUCCCGCCAGGACGCGUGCGACCGAGCCGACGAGCCGCAGCGCUUCGCCGCCGACCUGUCGCAGUGCGUGCGCCUGUCGGUGCAGCCGCGCAACGUGUCCGUCACCAUGUCGCAGGUCCCGCUGGUGCUGCAGGCCUGGAACGUUCCAGAACUUUCCGCCGGGGUCAACUGCUCGUUCGAGGACUUCACGGAGUCGGAGGGCUUCCUGGAGGAGGACGGCCGCGUGCACUGCCGCUCGCCGUCCGCGCGCGAGGUGGCCCCGAUCACGCGGGGGCAGGGUGGGUGUCGCCGCUGCCGGGUGCCUGAGGGAGCCUGGGGGGGAGGGGAGGGGGGAGGGGAGGUCCCUCAAGUCGCCAUCUUGGGAGCGCGUCUGUCCCGCAGCUGCCUGUCGUGCGUGGACGGCUCCUUCCCCUGCCACUGGUGCAAGUUCCGGCACGUGUGCACGCACAACGCCGCCGACUGCGCCUUCCUGGAGGGCCGCGUCAACGCGUCCGAGGACUGUCCCCAGAUCCUGCCGUCCACGCAGAUCUACGUGCCGGUGGGCGUGGUCAAGCCCAUCACGCUGGCGGCGCGCAACCUGCCGCAGCCGCAGUCGGGCCAGCGCGGGUACGAGUGCCUGUUCCACGUCCCCGGGAGCCCGGCGCGCGUCACCGCCCUGCGCUUCAACAGCUCCAGCCUGCAGUGCCAGAACUCCUCGUACUCGUACGAGGGGAACGACAUCAGCGACCUGCCCGUGAACCUGUCGGUCGUGUGGAACGGAAACUUCGUCAUCGACAACCCGCAGAACAUCCAGGUGAGGCUGGGCCGUGGGCGGGACCAAGCUGACCACGCCCCCUUCCUCCCCUACCCGCUCCCAGGCUGGGCAGUGGGGGUGCACCUGCUGGGAUGGCGCACCUGGUACAGAGUGAUCGGGCCGCUGCGCCAGAGCUGCGGCCUGGUGCCUCCAAAAGCCGACCCGCCUUCGAGUCGCGGCUGGUGCGUGGCCGAGCGCCCGUGCUCGCUGCGCCCGCACUGCCCCGCGGACGCGCCGGCGGCUGGAGCACGCGCGCCACGGCAGCAGCCGCCCGCGCCCGACCCCAAGAUCCCUCAAGCUUCCGAGGACGUGCGGCUCGGGGUGCGCGUGGGCAAGGUGCUGUGCAGCCCGGUGGAGAGCGAGUACAUCAGCGCCGAGCAGAUCGUCUGCGAGAUCGGGGACGCCAGCACGGUGCGCGCGCACGACGCGCUGGUGGAGGUCUGCGUGCGGGACUGCUCGCCGCCCUACCGCGCCCUGUCGCCCAAGCGCUUCACCUUCGUGUCGCCCACCUUCUACCGCGUGAGCCCGUCGCGCGGGCCGCUGUCGGGGGGCACGUGGAUCGGCAUCGAGGGGAGCCACCUGAACGCGGGCAGCGACGUGGCCGUGUCCGUGGGUGGCCGGCCCUGCUCCUUCUCCUGGAGGAACUCGCGGGAGAUCCGCUGCCUGACGCCCCCCGGGCAGAGCCCGGGCACCGCCGCCAUCGUCAUCAACAUCAACCGCGCGCAGCUCACCAACCCCGAGGUCAAGUACAACUACACGGAGGACCCCACCAUCCUGCGCAUCGACCCCGAGUGGAGCAUCAAGAGCGGCGGGACCCUGCUGACCGUGACGGGCACCAACCUGGCCACCGUGCGCGAGCCGCAGAUCCGCGCCAAGUACGCCGGCGUCGAGCGGGAGAACGUGAGUGUCCCCGCCCCGGGCCCUGGCCCUGUGCGGGGUCCCCCCGAGCGCGGCGCGCGGCCGGACGAGCUGGGCUUCGUGAUGGACGGGGUGCGCGCGCUGCUCGCGCUCAACGCCUCGCGCUUCCGCUACUUCCCCGACCCCGAGCUCGAGCCGCUCGGCGCCCUGCAGCUCAAGCCCGGCGCGCCGCUCGUGCUCAAGGGCCGGAACCUGCUGCCCGCGGCGCCCGGGAACGCGAGGCUCAACUUCACGGUGCUCAUCGGCGACACGCCCUGCAGCCUCACCGUGUCCGACACGCAGCUGCUCUGCGAGGCCCCCAACCUCACCGGCCAGCACAAGGUCACGGUACGGGCGGGCGGCUUCGAGUUCUCGCCGGGCACGCUGCAGGUGUACUCGGACAGCCUGCUCACGCUGCCGGCCGCCGUGGGCAUCGGCGGGGGCGGCGGCCUCCUGCUCCUGGUCAUCGUCGCCGUCCUCAUCGCGUACAAGCGCAAGUCGCGCGACGCCGACCGCACGCUCAAGCGGCUGCAGCUGCAGAUGGACAACCUCGAGUCGCGGGUGGCCCUCGAGUGCAAGGAAGCCUUCGCAGAGCUGCAGACGGACAUCCACGAGCUGACCAACGACCUGGACGGGGCGGGCAUCCCCUUCCUCGACUACCGCACCUACGCCAUGCGGGUGCUGUUCCCCGGGAUCGAGGACCACCCCGUGCUCAAGGAGAUGGAGGUAGCCACACGGGGCCCCCGGGGUUUGGGGGGGGUGGCUCCCCAAGAUCCCUCCCCGUUCUAUCCUGCUGUCCGUGCCUGUCCCCACCCUGGUCACCUCGCCAGUGCCAAGCCCCGGAACGGCCGGAAGAAAAGAAAAGAAAAACGCAUUGCACCUGGAUCAAGCCGUGCCUGCACUCCUCCUCCCGCGUUUCCACGUCCUGGGGCCCCGCCGCAGGGUUUCCCGGCCGGGGCGGUGGGGCCGCUGAGCAGCCCCCCGGGAGGUUGCGCGGCGGGAGCCACGGUGGGCGCAGGGGCGCCCCACCCCCACCCCGGGGCGCCCCACCCCCACCCCUGCACCAGACCCCAGUCUCCCUGCUCCCCUUCCUGGCCUCCUCCGGGCUGCAGGGCUUGGGGGGGUCCUCACUGCUUCUCCCCCGGCUCCUCUCCGGGCCUGACCUCCAGGGCGCAGGGUGGGACAGGUGAGGACCCCCCGGUUGGGAAUGACCCCCUCUGUCCCGUUUGCACCCCCAGAACCGAGUCUGUGGCCGAGAAGAUGCUGACCAACUGGUUCACCUUCCUCCUCUACAAGUUCCUCAAGGAGUGCGCCGGGGAGCCGCUGUUCAUGCUGUACUGCGCCAUCAAGCAGCAGAUGGAGAAGGGCCCGAUCGACGCGAUCACGGGCGAGGCGCGCUACUCGCUCAGCGAGGACAAGCUCAUCCGCCAGCAGAUCGACUACAAGACGCUGACCAGGGCUGGGGGCGUGGCCUGUCCUGGCUGGGCGUGGCCGGGGCGUGGCCUGUCCUGGCUGGGCGUGGCGGGGGCGUGGCCUGUCCCCGCGCGGUGGGGCCGGGCAGCGCAGGGCCGGGCGUGUCCCCGAGCUCAGGCCGCGGCCCAGCGAGCCCGUCCCCCCGCAGAGUGGCGCCAGGGCCGCAUGGCGCGCAUCAUCCUGCAGGACGAGGACGUCACCACGAAAAUCGACAACGACUGGAAGAGGCUGAACACGCUGGCGCACUACCAGGUGACGGACGGGUCCUCGGUGGCCCUGGUGCCCAAGCAGACGUCGGCCUACAAUAUCUCGAACUCGUCCACCUUCACCAAGUCGCUGAGCAGAUACGCCGGGGGCAGAGACACUGCUGCCACAGCCAGCAGCCCGGACAGCCUGCGCUCCCGCACGCCCAUGAUCACGCCGGAUCUGGAGAGCGGCACGAAGCUCUGGCACCUGGUGAAGAACCACGACCACCUGGACCAGCGGGAGGGCGACCGCGGCAGCAAGAUGGUGUCUGAGAUCUACCUGACGCGGCUGCUGGCCACCAAGGGCACGCUGCAGAAGUUCGUGGACGACCUCUUCGAGACCAUCUUCAGCACGGCGCACCGCGGCUCGGCCCUGCCCCUGGCCAUCAAGUACAUGUUCGACUUCCUGGACGAGCAGGCCGACAAGCACCAGAUCCACGACGCGGACGUGAGGCACACCUGGAAGAGCAACUGCCUGCCCCUGCGCUUCUGGGUGAACGUGAUCAAGAACCCGCAGUUCGUGUUCGACAUCCACAAGAGUAGCAUCACGGACGCCUGCCUGUCGGUGGUGGCGCAGACCUUCAUGGACUCCUGCUCCACCUCCGAGCACAAGCUGGGCAAGGACUCGCCCUCCAACAAGCUGCUGUACGCCAAGGACAUCCCCAACUACAAGAGCUGGGUCGAGAGGUACUACGCCGACAUCGCCAAGAUGCCGGCCAUCAGCGACCAGGACAUGAGCGCGUACCUGGCCGAGCAGUCGCGCCUGCACCUGAGCCAGUUCAACAGCAUGAGCGCGCUGCACGAGAUCUACUCCUACAUCACCAAGUACAAGGACGAGAUCCUGGCGGCGCUGGAGAAGGACGAGCAGGCCCGGCGGCAGCGUCUACGCAGCAAGCUGGAGCAGGUGGUGGACAUCAUGACCCUCAGCGGUUGAGGCCAGCCGGGCCUCCCCGCGGGAGGCCGCUUGUCCUCCGGCGACCCGUCCGCGGGGGACACACGGGGUGACGUGGCCUGGGGGACAUCGGGGACGUCGCGGGGACCCACCGCCGCGCCCGGAACCCGCGGGGACAGGCACAGGCGACACCCUGCCCGCCGAGUGGAGGCCGCCGAGAGUGGAGGCCGGACUCCCCAAGACGCGGGGCGGGGUCUCCCCGACUCCCCUUCGCUGCGGCCACCAGGGGGAAAGUGUCACACACACGGGGGUGUCCCCAAGACCCCGGCCGGGAGGGACAGGGAACGACGGGACACAGGGGCCUCCACGCCCGCCGGGCCUCCCUCCACCGACCUCCGAUUCACCGCGUGCUCUGCGCGACCCUCCCAUGGAGGAGCCCCGGCGACACGCGGGCCGGUGACACUCGGUGGCACUUGUCACUCCUUCCUGAGAGAGAGGCCCUUGCAGGCGGACUCGACUGCUCUCAGCCUCCGGGCCGAGCCUCCGCAGAGAGCACAGCGGCGCGUCCUCGUUAUUUAUUCCCCGUCCCGCGUCUGUCCCUCCCGCUGUCCCCGUGCCACCCGGCUGUCACCUCCCUCCCGGCCCCGAUGGCCCCAGUCCCCGCGGAGCGGCACGGCAUCUAGGGACUCAAUUUUUUAUUUUUUAUUUUUCUUAAGGGGGACAAAAAAAAAGAGAGAGUC